GAAAAAACUUGUUCCAUCAUUUUGUUAAUAUAAAUACAAGUUUAAAAUAAUUGAAGAUAGAAAAUUCGCUUUCUAUAACAAUGUUGAAAUUAACUGGCCUCUUUCUUGCUUUCAUCGCUGCUGCAUAUGCUUCAGAAUAUAAAAUCACUUUAAUUAGCGGAAAUGUAGUUCAAGGGAAAAAUGCUAAGGGUGUAGUGAUAAAUGCAAAGAAAGAUCAUAAGGAAAUUGAGUGGCAAGAAAAAUUUGACAAUGAUAAUUCUUUAACGGUUCAUUAUAUGCAAGUUUCCGAAAGUACCGGACAAGCCGAAUACGUAAAAAUCGAUAAUUUGUGUAAUAAAUACGAAAGUGGUACUUUGGAGCACGCCAUCAAGCAUUUUGUUCUCAAGAAGUUUGGAAAAUCUGAUAAAUGUUCAAUAAAGAAGAGGAAUGUAAAAGUUAAGUUUCCCAUAAAGUUUGAAUUCCAAGGAACAGAAGAAAAUACAAUUUGUGGACCAACUAUCGGUACAUUUUAUAUAACUAGAAAUAAUGAUCCAAAUUUACUAUUCAGCUCCUGGCUUAGAGGUUCCAUAACUGGUGAAGACUGUAAAUAAAAUUUAUAAAGACUUUAAAGUUUAAACUUUAAAGUUGUGUUCUCAUAAAUUAUUAUGUCAUCUAUAAUUUAACUGCUUAUUUCUAAUAUUAAUCUGCUUACUCUUAAUAUAUAUUUAACCAAAAAUAUCUUACAUUUAAUAAAAAAUUUUGUAAAUCCGCACAAACAUGUCACUGUUAACUUAAUAGUAUCAAAUUGCAACAAAUUGAUACCAAAAGUGUAUCAAAUAAAAAAUUGAUCUGAACUUUUGACAUCAACUUGAUGCAAUUUGGUACUAAUUUGAUACUUUCAAGAAAUAUGGUGAAAGUUACAAUAAUUAAUUAUUAUGCUACAAUAAUUAAUUUCAAAACACAAUAUUGUAAAGUAAGGAAUAUAAGUUUGUUUGUAUUUUAU